UCUUGCCACCGCUGAGCUUUCAGCUUUCAUCGUCGUUUUCCCCUUCUUUCCUCCUCCUUUCUCUAUCAUUUUCUUUCUCUUGUGGUGUUUCCUCCUUCCAUUCACUAAAUAUCAAAAAAAUUCUCUAGUUUUCCCAUUCAAUAUCCCUAUGUCAUAGUUUUCUCUCUAGUAUUUUCUUCUCUUUUCCCAAAUCAAAAACCCUAAUAUUUUCUUGUUUGAAAUUUCUUUCCGAUCUUGUUUCCAAUCAGUCUAUUUUGAGAUGACAAAUCAUGGGUGGCUUGCGGUUUUGGAAUGGAAGGAUUUAGCUGAUGUAUUGGUACAAAGCAUGGUUACCAGUGUGAAGGAGAAACCCGUUGCAAUCUUUUGGAAACCUCUUGUUUGGAAAGCUGAUGAGUUUUGGAAUGAAUUUGGUGUGAGCUUGCUUCCUGGGCUCUUGAAAGGGCAUGUGAUUCACAAUUUCAAUCCAAUCAAUUGCGAGGAUGCAAUGGUACUCUCUCUCCCUGAAAUGGGCUCUACGCUUUUAUUGCGUCUCUUAUCCAUUUAUGAAGCUAUUAUGUUUAUAGGAGUUUUCAUAUGCCCAAGUAAAGUUGUAUUUCUUAGUGCAUCAUGUCUCGAGAUUACUUUUCUCAAGUUGAAUGUUGGAUUGAGGCUUAGACCUGGUUUAAGGGCCUACUAUUUAUUGCUGGGACUUAUAUGAUGACGAUUAGGACUGUAGUGCCUAGGCUUAAUCUGCUGUGGUCUCUUGUAUCUGAUGAUGAUUUAAAAGCUUUUGAGACUAACCUGCUGAAAAAUAGUAGUGAUCUGCAUGGUGAAAUCAAUGUUGUGAAUCGAGAUCUGUUGUUGGAUCUUGUUAGGGAAACAAACUAAUUGCUGCUGC